AGCCAAGAUCUAUUCGAGAGUUCUGCUUCACAGCAUCCCUGCUGAUUGUAGCUCCACGCAGCUUACGUGUUAACGGAAGGCAAUCCGAUUCGUGAACCGAUGGCGUUCGUUCAAGCGUCAACGAUCCUCGUCACUGCGGUACUCGAGACCGCAUCUGUCAUGUGGAUGGAGCUCGCAAUGUUCGGCGUCGCGGCGCUUGUGUACGUGUUGUGCGUUGGGGGCCAGCCGAAGGCCUCGAAGUCGUCGGACCUGAAGGCUAAGGUGGGCUCGGAGGACAUCCCCAGCAGGCGCACCGAGCGCGACAGGAAGGACCACAUGAGCAACGCGGACCACCACGACGUGCUGCGCAAGUGGCAGCAGGCGACGAGCUCGCCGGAGGGGUCGCCGCAGCUCGACAUGGUGCAGGUGGUCGAUUCCAUGCGCAAGUUGGGCAAGUCCACGGCCGAGAUCGUGUCGGAGCUGAGGUCGGCCCUCGACUCAUGCCCUGGCCUGCUGAGCGGCGUCGCGGCGCUGCCCGCCGCGCUGCUUCGCGACGACGCCGCGGAGCUGCUGGGCGCGACCAUCAAGCUCCUCGAGCAGCGCGGCCAGCGCGUCGACUCCGGCAUCUACGCGGGCCUGAUGGGCGCACUCUUGCGCCGCCGCGAUUACAUGGGCGCCACCGAGGCGGCCGCCACGCUGACGCCCGAGGCCAUGACGCCCAAGAUCCGCGGCGUCCUCGCCACCGCCGCCGUGUACCGCGAGCGGCUCGACGAGGCCCUCGGCCAGCUGCGCCAGAUCCCAGAGCCAGCGGGGGGCGCGCGCCCCCCGCUGGCGCCCGGGUCGGUGGCCUCGCUGCUGGCGCUGGCGGCGCGCGAGGGGCGCGUGCAGACCGCGACGCAGGAGCUCCAGCGCCUCGGCGCCCGCAUGGACACCCGCCACUUCGACGACCUCGUGACCUCCGAGAGGUGCCAGCGCUCGCCCGCCACGGUCAAGGAUCGGAUCUCUUCGCCGCGGCCGCCGACCUGCAGGUGCAGAAGGGCCAGACGGCCUUCCAGGCGCUGGCGGCCGCCCUGGGCAACUCCGCGGACUCCUCGGGGCUGCGCGCGCUCGUGGAGGACCUCGAGGCUGAGGCCGCGCGCGGGAGCGUCGGCACCCCGGUCGGCGAGCCGCUGGCCAUGAAGCUGCUCGACGCCUGCAAGGCGACGAGGGAGGGCGAGCUCGCGACGCGCGUGGCGCACCUGCACCGCGAGGCCUGCGCCGGGGCCCCUGGCGCGCGCGUCCUCUCGGCCGUCUGCGGCGCUCUGGUGGCGUGCCAGUGCGGCGAGGCGGCGUGCGACUUCUACGAGACGGCGAUGCUGCCCAGGUCUCUGUGGCCCGACGCCGGGACCUGCAGGGCCCUCUCCAAGGCCGCUGCGCAGGACGGGCGCGAGCCGCUCGCCAAGCGCCUCAUGGAGCACGCAGAGUCGGCGCCGCCGCCAGCUCGCGGCGGCGGGGCGGGGGGCGGCGGCAGCGAGCUGCAGCGCGCCGCUGCGCUCAUCAAAGGGCACGGCAGAGACCGCGACUUGGCGGCCGCCAGCGCCGUGUUCCAGAGGCUUCAGACGUCUGGCUUGGCCCUCACCCCGCUGAUCUACAACUGCUACCUCGACGCGUGCGUGCAGUGCGGUGACUUGGACACGGCGCUCAGCCACUUCGAAGAGAUGAAGCGGCUCAAGUUUAUGGACGUGGUCGGUUACAACACUAUGUUGAAGGCUCACUUGACCAGCGGCCGCACGGAAGAGGCUCGAGCCCUCAUGGCGGAGAUGUCUGCGCAAGGCUUGCAGGCUAACAAGGUCACCUACAACGACGGAUUGCAUGCGAAGGUCAUCGCCAAGGAUCGCAAAGGCAUCUGGAGCCUCGUGGCGGAGAUGCGGGGAGCUGGGGUCAAGGCGAACUCGGUGACCUGCUCCAUCUUGCUGAAGUCCCUGACAGAGUAUUCCAGCGAGGCAGAGGUCAAGCGGGUUACCGACCUGAUCGAGGAGAUCGAGGAGAGCAUCGACGAGGUCCUGUUCUCCUCGGUCAUCGAGGCCUGCCUGCGCAUCAAGCAGCUCGCUCUUCUGACGAACAUCAUGCGCCGCCACAGGCAAAAGGGCGGCUUCGUGAACCUGACGGCCCCCACCUACGGUUCGAUGAUCAAGGCGUACGGGCAGGCGGGCGACGUGGCGCGGGUGCGCGAGCUGUGGCAGGAGAUGGAGGAAAGGGGCGUGAAGCCGACGUCGAUCACGCUCGGCUGCAUGACAGAGGCGCUGGUGGUGAACGGCGAGGCGGAGGAAGCUUUUCAGUUGCUGCACCAGCAGCUCGACACGGAGGAGCGGAAAGCCAGCAUCAACACCGUUAUCUAUUCUACAGUCUUGAAGGGUUUCGCAGUCGCCAAGAACAUCAAUAAGGUCUUCGCCGUGUACAAGGAGAUGAGGCAGAGCGGGUACGCUUGCAAUACCAUCACCUACAACACCAUGCUCGACGCGUGCGCCAAGUGUUGUGCCAUGUCGAGGGCCCCCAGCCUGCUGGAAGACAUGAAGGGUUCAUGCGUGGAGCCAGAUAUCAUCACCUAUUCGACCAUCGUCAAGGGCUACUGCCUGGAGGGGGAUGUCGAUCGUGCCUUCCAUGUCCUGGAGGACAUGAAGAGCGACGGCAAGUUCGCUGCGGACGAAAUCAUGUACAAUUCCAUCCUCGACGGCUGCGCGAAGCAGCACCGCGUCGACGACGCGCUCCGAAUCCUGGAGGAGAUGAAGACCGCUGGCGUGGGCCCCUCGAACUACACGCUCAGCAUCCUGGUGAAGCUGCUCGGGCAUGCGCGCCGCCUGCCUCAGGCGUUCCGGCUAGUGGAGGACCUGAGCAAGCAGCACGGCUUCCGGCCCAACGUCCAGGUCUACACCUGCCUUGUCCAGGCUUGCGUCCUCAACCGGCGGCUCGAGAAGGCGCUCGCGCUGCACGACGAGAUGGUGGCGGACUCCGGGUGCCGCGUCGACGAGAAGUUCUACGCGGUGCUCGCGCGCGGGUGCCUCCAGAUGCAGCAGCCGAUGAAGGCCGCGGAGGUCGUGAGGGCGGCCUACCGUCUGGAGGGGCACAGCCUGGCGUCGCCCGCGAGGAAGAACGCCCCAACGGUCGGCGUCGAGGCGCGCACGCUCGAGGAAGUGGCCGGCAGGCUGCAGGAGGGCGGCGCCGAGGAGCGCGAGGCCUUCGAGCGGUUGUCGGCGGACCUGUGGGACAAGUGCGGGGUUCAGCUGACCGGCCGCGGCGGCGGCGGCCGCCGCGGCGGCGGCGGCGGCGGUGGCGCCGGGCGCCGCCCAGGCGGAGGCCGUCGGCAGUGAGCGGAGGACGACGGCUGCACGCCGACGCCAGCCCUUCCUGGGCCCGCCGCGGGCCGGGAUCCGGCGCGCACGGCCCUCGGGCCGAGGGCGAGGAGGAAGUUGGCGUUCCGCUGAGCACCGGCGGGCGGCCCCGGCCCCCUAUACAUGCGGCCCCUUCUUCGGGCACUCGCGCGCGGGCACGCGCCAGCACUGAGAACAGCACGGGCGAAGCGAAGUCUUUGCAGCGCAACAA